CUUGCGAAGCUCAGCCUACCACAAUCUCUAUAGUUUUAUUAGUUACUACAAAUAUUGGAAGUCGAUUCAUUAUCCUGUUUUUGCAGGUAUUAUAUAAUGACAUAAACCCGGAAGAACACGAAGUGAAUAUCCUGGAGUGUCCGAGGUCUUGGCAUAAGGAAGAUCUUUGGAGCUGAGGUUUAAGUUUCGGUUUCCAGCGAAGUCGAGCGCAAGUACUGCAGUUUCCCAGCUGCAUUUAUACUCAAGACGCAUAAGAGACAGAGGUCAUUCUGCAUAAUACUAGUCGUUAAAAAUCUGAAUACAGAACAAUGGACGCGUUUAUAAUGAAAAUUAUUUGCGGCAAUAAUGGGGCGAUGGACUACGAAGAGUUGGUUGAUAUAGGAUCUGGCCUGAUGGAUUUAAAAGGAGUUUUUGGCAUUGUCUUCGGAAAUCCCAGGGACUUUUCUGUUGUGGUUUUUAACGGGAAAAAGAGAGUCAUCGCAAAAACAAACGUUAGGCUGUGCAAAGUAGGGGGGUGCGUGGACUGCUCUAAUUUACACCUGUGUAAGUUUUACCUUUACGGAGACUGCAAAGCCAGCCGGAGGAGGAACGGAUGCCGUUUUUGCCAUGAUAUGAGUUCGCAGCACAACAGCAAAGUUCUCGCGGAGAAUAACCUGCAGCUGCUGGACAGCAAGGAACUACGGACGCUGUUGCUCCAGAAUGACAACACCCUCCUGCCUCCGGUGUGUGUCUCGUUCAACGAAGGCAGCAAGGAAUAUGGAAACUGCCCUGAACAAGCGGGCUGUAGGAGGCUCCAUGUCUGUGACAAGUACAUCCGGGGAAUCUGUGAUUCUGGGGUGGACUGCUGCAGGUCACAUGACUUCUUUGAGCCCCACCCAAUGACCAUCUUGCAGGAUAGAGGAAUACCCACUGAUCUCAUCACAUCCAUGCUGUCUGUCUACCAGAACAUAAGGGCCUUGAAAUUUAAAAAAAGUGUGACGAGAGGCGGCCGAGACCAGCAGAAACCCGUUUCAGAAAAGACUGAGAUCUGCCUUUAUUUUGUGAAGGGGAGUUGUAAACAAGGAGGCAAAUGUUGGCGUGUCCACUUCAACAUGCCCUACAGGUGGGAGGUGCAGGACGAGAAGGGUUGGUCACCACUUCCAAACAAUGAAGGAAUUGAGAAAGACUAUUGUAACCCGGCCAUGACGAAGAGUGAAGGACAGGAACCUGUGUGUUUUGACACGAUGACACGAGGACUGGCCAUAGUGAGACGUCUGUCUACUUUGUCCUCUGUGCAAAAACCUGACUUCAUUCUCACCACUGAGUGGGCCUGGUACUGGGAGGAUGAGUAUGGGAACUGGAUCAAGUACGGAUCGAUGCAGGGAUCGCACCGAUUGUCAAACAUCACCAGUGAGGAUCUGGAGAGGCAGUACCAGGAAGAUAACAGCGCGGAGGUCAAAUUUACUGCUGGGAAUCAAUCAUAUCAAGUCAAUCUGCAAGAUAUGUCGCAAAGAAACGAAAAGUACAGCACCGUAAGGAGAAUCAGGCGCCGCCCUGUGUUUGUGUCAUCGGCCGAUGCACAGAAGAUCAGAACCGGCAAAAGACCCAACAACACCCAGAAUUUUAAAGCACUGCCACAAUACUGGGAUAAGUCAUUGAUUCCUGAGACUGGACACAAGAAAGUUAUGUUGCAGAGUUCAACAGAAGAAUAUCAGAAAAUUCUGGAUCUUUUUCAGAAAACAAUGCGUGGUUUCAACGUUCAAAGCAUAGAAAGAAUCCAGAAUAGAUCUCUGUGGGAAGUGUUUCAAUGGCAGAGAGACCAGAUGAAAAAAAUCAACACUGGAAAAUACUCUGUAGAGAAAUUCCUUUUCCACGGAACCGACUCCAAAUACGUGGAUGCCAUCUGCAAGCAGAACUUCGACUGGAGGAUCUGCGGGACACACGGGACGGCCUACGGCAAAGGCAGUUACUUUGCCAGGGACGCCAAAUACUCACACAGCUACACCAGCUCUUCAGAGCUGAAGACUAUGUUUGUUUGUCGAGUGCUGGUGGGAGAGUAUACUAGAGGAAACCAAAGUUAUGUCCGCCCACCCUCAAAGGAUGGAGGAGACACCAUUUUCUAUGACAGUUGUGUGGACGAUGUCAAAAAUCCCUCAAUAUUUGUGGUGUUUGAAAAGCACCAGGUGUAUCCUGAAUACCUAAUCCAAUACAAUGAAGAUACGUGGUCUUCAUCUACAGUGACUGUGCAGACAACCCCCUCCUUGCAAUAUCCAGUGCCAGCCAGUACAGCAUAUCCUGUGUUCUCCAGUCCAGUCCAAGCUCCUUCUAAGUCUAAUGCCACUUCCUCUGCAUUGUUCAACCAACUGCAAGUUCCUCCUUCAUCCAGUGCCACUUCAUCUGCAUUGUCCAAACAACUGCAAGCUCCUCCUUCAUCCAGUUCCACUUCCUCUACAUUGUCCAAACAACUGCAAGCUCCUCCUUCAUCCAGUUCCACUUCCUCUGCAUUGUUGAACCAACCGCAAGCCCCUGCUUCAUCUGGUGCCACUUGGUCUGCAGUCUCCACUGGGAUGCAAGCUUCUGCGUCAUCCACUGCCAUUUCUUCCAAGUCAUCAGUAAAUGUUAUACCUACACAGCUUUACUGGGCCUCCAAUUCAACACAGUCCUCCUCCAGCACAAACCCUACUUUAUCAAAAUCAUUAUCCCCCACACACAACACCACUACUCAGUACUCUGGAAGCACUGCAUCAUAUUCAUUCACCCAAGCUGGCUUAAAAAGCACCUUGACUCGCCCAACCACUCAGGUAGGUUCAACAGUCACCUUGAUUCACCCAACUGUUCAGACUAACCCAAUAGGCACCUUGAUUCACCCAACUGUUCAGACUAACCCAAUGGGCACAUUGACUCACCUAACUACUCAGGCUAGCCCAAGAGGCACCUUGAUUCACCCAACUUCUCAGGCUAACCGAAUAGGCACAUUGAUUCACCCAACUACUCAGGCUAGCCCAAGAGGCACCUUGAUUCACCCAACCACUCAGGCAGGUUCAACAGUCAGUUUGAUUCAUUCAACCACACAGGCUAGUUCAACAGGCACCUUGAUUCAUGCAACUGCUCAGGCUAGCUCAGCAGGCACCUUGAUUCACCCAACUGCUCAGGCUAACCGAAUAGGCACAUUGAUUCACCCAACUACUCAGGCUGACCCAAGAGGCACCUUGAUUCACCCAACCACUCAGGCAGGUUCAACAGGUACCUUGAUUCACCCAACUGCUCAGGCUACCCGAAUAGGCACAUUGAUUCACCCAACUACUCAGGCUAACCCAACAGGCACCUUGAUUCACCCAACUACUCAGGCUAGCUCAACAGGCACCUUGAUUCACCCAACUACUAAGCCUAACCCAAUAGGCACCUUGAUUCACCCAACUACUCAGGCUAGCUCAACAGGCACAUUGAUUCACCCAACUACUCAGGUUAGCCCAAGAGGCACCUUGAUUCACCCAAAUGCUAAGACUAACCCAAGAGGCACCUUGAUUCACCCAACUACUCAGGCUAACCCAAUAGGCACCUUGAUUCACCCAGCCAUACUGGCUAACGCAAUAGGCACCUUGAUUCGGCCAACCACUCAGGCAGGUUCAACAGUCACUUUGAUUCCCCCAAUUGCUCAGGUUAGAUCAAUAAGCACCAGAAUUGCCCAACUGCUCGGUCAGGAUAAACAGUCAGUUUGAAUCACUCAACUGCUCAGGCUAGCUCAAUAGGCGCCUUCAUUCACCCAAGUGCUCAGGUAAGCUCAGUGGGCACCUUGAUUCACUCAGUUGCUCAGACUAGCUCAGUGGGCACCUUGAUUUGCCCAGGUGCUCAGGUUAGCUCAACAGUAGGGCUGGGUGAUAUGACCUCAAAUCAAUAUCAUGAUUAAUUGUACAUUUUACCUUGAUUACGAUUAAUGAACGCAAAUUUUUUUUUGUUUUACCCUCAUAUUUUAUUGACAAAAUUUGUACUGUAAAUAUGCUAAUUAAAGCUGCGAUAUUCUUUCUAAUGAAAGACUGUAUAUCUUAUUUUUAGGGUUCAAAAAUAAUUGAAGGAAACCAUUUAUUAUUUAAUAUUUUGAUCAACUGAAAACAAAGCACAAAUCACUUGAAAUGAAAAUGUCAUGAAAAAGGGCACAUUUUAGUUUUAAUGUAAAAAGCAAGUUACCAAAAAAAAGCAGAAAAUAAGUAGUUUGCAUUUCUUGCAAACAAAAUAAGCUAUUUAAAUUGAUCAAUAUAAGCAGAUGAUCAUUAUAUAAUUUUUUUGUUUUUCUUUAGGUCUCAGACAGACUAACUUAAUUUUACUGACUCUCAAAAUGCAGUGCAAUUGUUUCAAACGCUUUUCAAAUUACAGUACUGCACAGAUGAAAUUACUAAACUGGGUAUAAUUCAAAUAUACUAUAAUAUAGUACAGUACUUUACAUAAAAUAUAGUUUAUUGUAGUUUCAUUGCUGCAUCUCAUUGGCUUGUUUUUGGCAGUUUAUCAUAAAAUUUCAGUUUAUAUUCAUGAUUGAGAGAAAAUAUUCUUUUUCCCCAUCAUGUUUUCUGUGCACGCAGCAUUAGCCUCAGGUAACUAGCCAGAAACGAAUGAGUCACUGCAAGGCAAAGUACUGUAGGCAAGUAAAAAAAAAAGUUACUGUAGUUUUAAUUUUUUACAUAUGUGUAAAAAGUAUAAAAAGACCCAUCACGAACACUGUAAGCAGAGUACUUGAUGUACUUGUACAGGAAUGGUUUUGAUCCAUAUAAGUGGUUGAUCACUGUAGCCCUGAUCACUACAGUAUAAGCGUUUUCCACUGCAUUUAAAAUAUUGCUAGUGUUGAAGCUGAUUGGUGGGGUUACUUUUGGUAGCUGACGAUGUUUGCAUUUGACCUUUUUUUGCUUGGUGCCAUCUUUACUAAAACCACGAUGUGUCCAAAUGACAGACCUGGCUGUUU